AGGCCUGAAAUACUCUCUGAAACCGGCGGAGCGUCUUCUCUGCUUCUCUAUCUACAAAUCAUUACAUACAUACCUUUAAAUCUUGCUUUGUCAUCUCUCCGGAGUCCUUGUGCUCUGCCUCAACCAACUUGCAACUCACUGAAAGAUAACAUUUUUACUCUCUAUCUUAUGGUGCGAAGGCUCCAUUAAAUGGAGGCUGGAAGGAAUUUGCUCUCUUCAUCUCCUUCCUUUCCGACAAGAACCCACCUCAAAAAUAGCUUCUCUUCAUCUUCUUCAGUUACUUCUGUUCCAGUUACUUCCAUGACCCGUCAUUUUCCUGCAUCAGUCCUUUUACAAGAGCAGCGGGACGAAUAUAAACCUUUCUUACACAUCUUCAAAGAAGAUAAAACAUCCCAGGCAACAAUUGAUGGGAAGCAGAUGGAAACUGGGUUCUCAUCAAAUGAAGAUAUGAACUCCAGUAACUUGGAGGAGGUGUACCUGGACUUUGAAGAACAGUUUCUUCACUGGCCUGAUUUAUGGAAUAUAUUGCCUUCCUCAGAAACUGGGAGAUAUCAAUUGCCAUCCUUGACCUUGGAAUCUGCUGUUGCUCAUAGCGAGAAGCUUCGGAAUGUUGAACAAUGUAAUGUGGUUUCCUUGGCUAGGAAGGCUUUAUCAGCAUCCAAACAAGCAGCACAAUUAGCCGAGGAUCUUAAGUUUUAUCAACCUAAUCUUGAUGAGUCACUUUCCUCUAGUUUGGGCUCUGCUAGCUCAGCUGAUUGUCCAGUGGAGGAGCAAAUCAGGGUGAGGUCAACUCGGCUUUUGGAGAGAAAAUCUAAAAACAGGAGGGUCUCAAAAUCUAAAGUUCUAAAUAAUGAAACAUACAGGUCUCAGCGUGUUAAUAAACGGAGAAAAUUAAAAGAAGACUUUGAUCCUGAUGAUGCCCUUCGAUUAUUCUUAUGGGGUCCUGAAACAAGACAACUUUUGACUCCCAAGGAAGAGUCUGAAUUGAUUGUUCGAAUACAGGAUUUGGCAAGACUGGAAAAGGUGAAGGAUAAGCUUCAAUCUCAGUUCGGCCGGGAACCAACUGUGGUUGAAUGGGCUGAAGCUGUUGGGUUGAGUUGUCAAGUCUUGCAGUCAGAAGUUCACUCCGGUAAGAGAAGCCAGGAAAAGUUGAUCACUGCUAAUCUACGUAUGGUGGUUCACAUAGCCAAACAAUAUUUGGGUCGUGGACUCAGCCUUCAGGACUUAUUGCAGGAGGGAGGCAUGGGUCUUACGAAGAGUGUUGAGAAGUUCAAACCCCGAUGUGGUUGUCGAUUUGCUACUUAUGCCUACUGGUGGAUAAGGCAAUCAAUUAGGAAAGCUAUAUUUCAACAUUCCAGGACGGUCCGCUUACCGGAGAAUGUAUAUAGCCUCCUGGGCAAGUUAAUGGAGGCAAAGAGAUCAUGCGUUAGAGAAGGAAGUCAUUAUCCAACAAAAGAAGAAUUGGCGAGACGUGUUGGAAUCACAGUUGAUAAGUUGGAAAAGUUGCUGUUCAGCACAAGAAUGCCACUUUCUAUGCAACAAGCUGUUUGGGCAGACCAAGAAACCACCUUUCAGGAGGUAACUGCAGACAUGGGGAUUGAGAUACCAGAUGUGAGCGUGGGAAAGCAGCUGAUGAGGCAGCACGUGCGCAACCUUCUUGGUGUUCUCAGCCCGAAAGAGAGGCGGAUUAUCAAACUGAGAUUCGGCAUUGAAGAUGGGAAACAGAAGUCAUUAUCUGAAAUUGGUGAAAUCUUUGGAUUAUCCAAGGAAAGAGUGAGGCAAUUGGAGAGCAGGGCACUGUAUAGGCUGAAGCAGUGUAUGAACAGCCAUGGACUUGGUGCAUAUUCAGAUUUGCUCAUUUAGAUUUGGAGAUCAUGGACUAAUCCACAACUGUCCAGUUAUAAUAUCAUUAAAAUAUUUUGAUGUAAUAAGUCAAAUCUUAUUUUCUCUGGUUAAUUUUUUUCUUUUAAAUUUUUCUGAACAGCACCAAUCAAUGCAUGGUAGAGUACUUGUAUUGAGGGUUGACUAACAGAUACGAUAAUCAAAUUUGAAAGAGCCCGACUUUUGGUUUAGUUA